CUUGUAGUAAAAUCAAUUACUAUAUUAUGUCCAACGAUAGAUUUUAAUGUUAUUAAUUACUUUUAAUCAAAAAGCCAUGGUUUGCCUUUGUUCGGAAGAACUAACGAAACAUCUUUAAUUAUUAGUAUCCCUACUAUUUUUUACCUGUUGAAAAUGUUGACGAUAUUUGCAUACAAUUAAGUGAUAAUAUUUAAAAGUCGGAAGGAUAAAAUGCUAAGUCAUCGGUUUUUAUUAAAUAGGACAUCAUUAAGUGCUAUAGCCAACAAUUUAUGUGCCUUUAAGUCUGCAAUGUCAAUGUCAAACUUCAAAAUGUCCAAUAGCUCUGCGCCAACUCAACGUCACACAUCCCAAUAUUGUCAAAUUUCGGAAUCGGAUGGCAUUCGUGAAAUUUGUCUAAAUGAACCUAAAACUCGAAACACCCUAUCUCUGGGCAUGAUGAAAGAAAUUUUGAGUGCCUUAACUCAGUCUUGGGAUGAUAAGCAACUGCGUUGUAUUGUAAUAUCAUCAACGGGCCCUAUUUGGUCAUCGGGACAUGAUCUUAAGGAAUUGUUACCGGAAAGGGGAGAAGAUCAACAAAAGGCAAUAUUUGAUAAACUUACCGAAAUUAUAUUUAGCAUACGCAAAGCUCCUGUACCAGUGAUGGCAAAAGUGAAUGGCACUGUUGCCGCUGGUGGUGUUCAAUUAGUGGCAUCUUGUGACAUAGUUAUCUGUUCCGACAAGAGUUCCUUUAUAACACCUAGCGCUAAUUUUGGUAUAUUUGCCUCAACACCUGCAAUUGCUAUGUCACGCAUUAUGUCACAUUCUAAAUGUUUGGAUAUGUUAAUGACGGGCCAUCCAAUAACUGCCAGAGAUGCUUAUAUACAAGGCAUGGUGAGCCGUGUUGUUCCCGAAAGUGAAUUAGACAAUGAGAUUGUAAAAAUAACAAAUGCUAUCAAAGAAAAGAGUCGCGCAGUUCUGGCAUUGGGUAAAGAGUUCUUCUAUAAGCAAUUAGAGUUAUCAAUUGAAGAGGCCUAUAAGCUAGGUUCCUUGAAAAUGACUGAAAAUCUUAAGCUGAGUGAUUCACAAGAAGGUGUAAAAAGUUUCAUGGAAAAACGUAAGCCGGUAUGGUCCCAUCUCUGAUAGAUACCCAUAAUCUUUGAUUAAAAAAUUAUAGAAAAUAUAUACUAAAAAUGGUUGUGGUUGAUUGCAUUUAUUUUCUCGUUCAUUCAUAUACAAUACUUUAUUUAUACACAUGCAUAAGUGUAUAUAAAUACAUACCAAUGUAGUAAGGCAUUUCUGGAUUAAGUACCUUGCUUGAUAUUACAAUAAAAUGAUGUUUAUAUUUAUUUUUAAUAUGAAUAAAAAAUAAA